GCCCCCUGCCUGUGGGUUCGGAUUGGCUAGCGCGCCUGGACGCGGGUGGUGGCGACUCUUGGGCAGCGGCACAGCUGGUGCGUCUCCGCAGCCCCCAACCCCGACGGGCUCCUGCCACCUCCGGUCACUCCAGCCCCGGCCCUCGGGAUGAACCCUCAUCCCUCGCCUCUGGGCGGGUUGGGGUCGCCGAGCCCGGGCCCUCGGAAGUCUGGCCCCGACGGCCGCUCUGCUACCUGCAGCGCCUCUCGGAUGGAGGUCCUGGAUGAGUUCGACAGCGAGUUCCCCCAGAGCGUGACCUUCUGCCAGCUCAUCUCCGUGAAGGACUUCGAGAGGCAGGCGGUGACCUACACGGAGCGCGCGCUGCGCCGCCUCUUCCGCACCUUGGAUCGCGCCCCGCGGCUGGCAGAGAGGGUGCUGCGCAAGAGCAAGCAGGCCGAGUGCGAGCAGCGCGGGAUCUUCUCCUUCCUUUGGGCGAAGUUCCUCUGCGCCUUCCAGGGGAACCUGAACCUGUGCAACAGCAUGGGCGCUCUGGAGAUGCGCCGGCGCUUGGACCAGCUGAAGAGGAGCAUCCACCGCGUGCACCUGUACGCUCGGGAUGCCAAGAAGAAGAGAAGAAAGUCCAAACUGAAGAAACCAGAACCCAUCCUCCGACAGGACCGGUCGACCUCUCCAUGCCUGCCACCAGCCCUGCUGCCACCUCCACCAGCACCAUCACUGCCACCACCUGUCACCACCAUGACCUCUGUGGUGGCCCCAUCACCCCCAGUCUACACUAUGCCCAGGGUCUUCGGCCCCUUCCCUUCACUCCCUAGCAAGCCGAUGGAGAAAUUGGACAACACAGGGUCCGAAGUGCAAUUAAACUGGAAUGGUCUGUCAUCAAACCCAAAAAGCCACAUGGUCGAUCUGACCCCCUUGGUCCUCAACCCUGGAGGCUUCCAUCUCUCGUACUUGGCUAGAAACAGUCCACACAAGCUCCACUGCCCCGGCUUUCACUGGACCUCUGCCAGUAGCGGCUCCCCCAGCUCCGACAAGCCCCCAGAGUGUGCUGUGAAGGCGUCCAUCUUCACCCCGCCUGUCCUCUUCAAGUUCCAGCCUCUGCCCAGGCCCAAAGACGACUCAGAGAACAGCCCUGGCAGUGCAGAGUCCACGUCCCAGGAGAAGAGCCCGUGACCUCUCCCCUGCAGACCAGGGCUGCGGAUGAAUAAAGUUCCCAGGGAGGUGCCUU